AUGGGGAAGGAUGCACAAAGAAGCAGUAAUUUCUCCGGUUAUGCCUUGUUUACGGAGGAAUUCUACAAGAAAAGCUCAAAGAAGUACAAAUCACUUGAAGCAGGAAAUGCACAAGUGAGAAAGGCAUGGGAUAAAUUAUCAGAACAACAAAGAGAGGAAUAUUGUGAAAGGGCUAAGGCACAAAGACCUCCCACCAAGUCCAAGAAGUAUAUUGUUCCUUUCUAUACAAGAUGUGCACCAAAACAAUUCAUGCAAGUUUGCAAGCACAUCAAAGAAAGGAAGGAACUGAUGGAUAGGCUGAAAAAAAUAGGGUUUGACAAGUUGGUUGAAGUGUGUUGUCACACAAUUCAAAGAGAAUUGUGUGGAGAGUUUAUGUCUGCAGUUGAUGUUGCAUCAAACAACAUUUCCAUAAGAGGGAAGACAAGGAAAAUGAGGGCAAAAGAUGUGCAUGAAUUUCUGGGGCUACCAUUUGACGGAGAAGAGAUUAAAGUAGUUGUGAAUAAUGAAGAUGAAGUGUUCAAGCAGUGGAGGAUUGUGUAUGGCAAUAUUCCAUACAAGAAGAUAGCAUCAUUGUUGACUGAGGAGAACCAAGAUGAAAAUUUUGAGGUGCUGUUUGUCAUGUAUGCAUUGGGAACAUUGUUAUGUCCUAAUGCAAGUAUUUGUGUGGGUGAUUAUUUGUUGAAGGUAAUACUAUCAACAAAGGAUAGAUUGGAUAAGUUUGAUUGGUCCUCUUAUGUGUUGCAUGAACUAUAUAAGGGGAUUGGAGUGUACAAGAAACAAUUGGAAAAAGGCAAGUUGACUGAGAAGAAGAAGAAUGUGCCAGGUUGUCUAUACUUCCUAAUGUUAUAUUGUCUACAAAAUUUUCCAUUGGGAGAAACAAAAGCUGCACAUGUAAAGGAUGCUGUUGCAUAUUGGGAUGAAAAGAAAGUGCAGCAAAGAGUUAAGGAGGAGAAGGAAAGCAAUCGAGGACUCUUGCAUCCGGCAAAGCAAUCCACCAAAUUUGAUCCUGAAAAUUUAACUCACCCGGAGAUCAAAAAGACAUAUACUCGAUUAGUGUCUAUGCUGGGGGAGGAAAUGAUGGCCCUUCAGUCAAGACUAAUGGAGGGUAGUGGCAAUGCAAGUGAAGAGGACAAAGAUGAGGCAGAAGAAUCUGAAGCAGAAGAGGAAAAAGUUGAGAAAGAAAGCUGGAAAAAGAGAACAAUUGAUGAUAGGCAAGCUUUAUUUGACAUGUGCACAGCAAGGUGUAACCAUGAGGAGCAAGAGCAAUACUUUGUAUCGAUGUAUGGAUACUUCCUAACCCGUGGUGAGUUGCAAUGUCUCCAACGUAGAAGAUGGAUAAACGACAGGUUUAUGACUAUGGUGGCGAAGACAUUCGUUGGAGAUCAAAAGGAAAAAGAUGGGCGAGUCAACCGUCAUAUAUUUUCUGCAGAUUUCAUGCAGAAAAUGGUGGCGAAUCCUUUAAGGUGGAAAUGGGAGGACCAUGAAAAAGAAAUAUUACCUGAAUAUAUUGGAUACAAUAUCGGGGAUUGCGAUUUCAUUUUUGGUCCUACUCUAUUUGAAGAUCAUUGGUUUUGUUAUGUUUUUGAGACAAAGACCAUGACCUUCCACGCCCUUGACUCGUUGGUUGAUAGCAUCACAUUCAUGAGAUUACAAGCCGAGGAAGAAGAAGCAAAGAAGAAGGGGGGUGAGCAACAACAUGACGCAAAGAAGAAGAAAAAGAGGACAAGUAAAAGGCAGUUCGACCCCAAACAGUUCAUGGCAACACAAACUUUGUCACUGGAUGCUAUACUAGUUGUCACCGGAUCAUCUGUUACUUGUCACUGGAUGCCAUGCUAG